AAAACAUCGUCUGGUUCAUUUCGUCAUCAAAUGUGGCCUUGUUUGGAUGACGUCACGGGGAACGUUCUGAGCAGGGAUGGACAAGGCCCCAACAUGCUCCAGGAAGCCUGACCAGGUGCUUUACACCCCGAGGAGGAGCCAGUCUCAAGGAGGUCCUGGGAAGGAGGAGUGCUCCAGCAGCUGCUCAGCCAGAGACAGGCCCCAAACACAGGGGACUGCAGGCAAAGCCCGGACCAGGCCUCGCUAUGGGGACAAACACAAGAAAAGCAAAGGGCAGGGAACCUGCUCCAAGGAAGGGGAGGGCAACAUACUAAAUGGAAAGGCAGAGGGUGAAAAAGCGUUACAGGAGCUACUGGAUGUCUCUGUAGGACCAAUAGAAGUUCAGAGCCCUGUGAGGCAGAGUGACAGUUCGGAAACAGCUGGAUCUGAGACAGUCUACAAGGAAGGGGGCAUCCCUGAGAGUCCGUCCAACCAGACAAGCCUGGAGGAGCUGGAGAAAGAGGAGGAAAGCUGGGACACCCUUUUCAACGAUGAUGGCGACUGCUUGGAUCCACACUUAAUAGAGGAGCUCUCUGCAAAAGCCGGGAAGAAGAAGGAAUCCAUCCAGGAGCCACAGUUCAAUUACUACAACUGGGAUGUGAAGCCAGAGGUGGAGCUGCGGGAAGACGAGCUGUCGCACAUCGUGGAGAUCUACGACUUCCCUGCUGAGUUUAAAACGGAGGACCUGCUCCGGACCUUCCACUCGUUCACGCAAAGGGGCUUUGACAUCCAGUGGGUGGAUGAUACGCAUGCUUUGGGUCUCUUCAACAGUCCAAUAGCAGCUAAAGAGGCUCUGCGGAUGAAGAACCCCAUGAUGAAGGUGCGGCCCCUUUCCCAAGCAUCCUCCACCAGCAAGGCCAAGGCACGCAGCUGCUCAGACUACCUGCUGCCUGCCAAGGAAAGACCCCAGACCAGCGCGGCUCUGGCCCGCAGGCUAGUGAUCGGGGCCCUGGGAGUGCGCAGCCCGCAGAGCCGGGAGGAGCGUGAAGCUGAAAAGAAGAAGCUGCAGGAAGCGCGAGAACAAAAGCGCUUGGCAGCAAAGCAGCGUGAGGAUGCCUGGGAGGGCAAGUGAGACAGGAAGAGAAAGGAACAAAGGAGGAGGAGGAGGAAGGUGCUUUUCUUCCUCAGUUCCAACAGAGAAACCCAGAGGAGGACAGUAGUUGCUUUUCCCAACUAAUCACACAUACAAAUGGCAGCCUGGUAAUGUCAGAAACCUGAUACACAGGAUCUUUAGUGAGGUGUAGACAUUCAGAAGAGACGGUCCCUUUUCUGUGACACACAUCAUGAUGAAAUGUCAUUGAGAUGGCUGCGCCAAAGCUCUCUGACACCCUCAGCAAGUAUGGCUGGUUUUAUCAGACUUUUAAGCCUGUUUUUUUUUUUAGGAGUGUCGCUAAAAUACCAAACUGUCAAAUGUUCAUGAAACCAUCAAAUCUAGACAGCCUAGUUUUUUAUAUUAUUUUUAAUUUAAUGUUUUUAUCUGAGACCCAUCCAGCUUUUCAGAAUUUGAAAAACAAACAGGGUGUUUACUUAUUUAUUAAGUGUUUUAAUAAGUUCUCCAAAAGAAGUACAUCUACUGUGUCCAAAGACAGGGUGUCCAGAGAAGGAGUGUUUUUAGUUUUUUGAAAAACACUCACUCGAACUGUGGAGAUGAUGUGCUCUCUGACAGUUAUCUUGGGUGGUAAAUGGCCAUCGCAUUGCCAGAGAGGCUUUUCCUCGUGGAGCCAGAGCUUUAAAGGAUGCUGACAGCUCAGUUCAGCAAAUACUCAGUUUUACUGUUUGUUCAAAUGACUGUGUUUAAUCUGGGUGCUGAUUGUCAUUGGUGUGACUUUCCAGGGGUAUACCAGGGAAGAGAAUCCCACACAGUGAGAAAAUAACAUUGUCAGACCACUGUUCAUCAUCACCAAAUUUUUGCCUUUUAAAAUGCUCAAUCUUGAGUAAAUUAUUUUUUUAACUUUAUCAUUUAACUGUCUGUACUUGAAUAAAUAAGUCGAAACAUCAGGUU